AUGGCUGCCCCAGGAACAGCAGCACCACCUGGUCUCGCCCAACCAAACGCGGCUCAUCUUCCGCCUAACCUACCCAGCGGGCUACCCAACUCCUUCCAAGCACCGCCGAACCUGCCCAAUAUCAACUUCAAUGCACCCGUGAUUCGCCUCGGCACUACAGCUCCGAAACCUCAGAACCCCAGUGUCCCCUCAAGGAAGGACAACGACACGCCACAGUCGAACGGGCCGAGGCCUGGCGUAGGAAACGACAGGAACAUAGACCAGCAGCGCCAGGCAAUGCGGGAGACCAUGCAGGCGCUUGUACCGCCUACUCGGGACGAGGUUACGCGGACCGUGUUUGUGGACGGCAUCACCGACGGACUCGGUGGCACAAAGGGCCUGGAAAGAUUACUUGGCAUCGCAGGCAAGUUACGACGCUUGGACCGCGCCACGGACGCGAGCGGCAAAGAGUUGACGUUCGCCUUCGCUCAGUUUGAGGAGAUCGAGGCGCUGCACAUCGCAUCCGAGAUCUUCCAAGACAUUGUCGUUCCCAGCCAGAAGCAGACACCGUCGGAGGAUUCGGACAAUAAAGAUGACACCUACGACAAGUUUGAGAAGCAGCCGAUGAAGUUCCGCUUCGACGAAGCAUCAACCAAGCUUAUCGAGUCUCACAAGGAGGAACGUGGGGAGGACCCAGAGACCCCUGCGAGGAUAGAUGCCGCGAAGACGUCUCUCAAGCAAGCCAUCCACCAGCUUUUUUACCCACCGGUUUCCUCAGGGGCAGAUGCGGACGGAGAUGUCACGAUGGGUGAUGCCGCUGGCAAGAGCGGCGACAAUGUCGAAGUCGUGAAUAUCCCGCUCGCACAGGACGACGAGCUGGCUGACAUCCCUCCUGAGAUGCGCGAGACCGUUGCGGCGGAGAUUCAGGCAUUCAGAGACAGGAGCAUCCAGCGCGACUUGGAGAGGCUGAAGCGCGAGGAGGAGUUCGAGGCAGCGGAGCGCCAGCGGAAUGGAGCUAGUCGCGCUUUGCGGCAAUCCUCGCCGCCCUCGAGCUCCAACAACAUUCCCGUGGGCCCUCGGGGCAUGGCGAACGCGCCUUCUGGGCCUAAGGGGCAGAAGUCGGAUCUCGGCAAAGACCACAACCGAUCAGUCGAGUUCGUCAACGGCGGCACCACCAAUGGCAGCCAGCUCUACGACCGGGAUGAUGAGGACGAUCCGGCCAGUGAUGAGGAGCUUGAGCGACGCAGGUUAGCCAAGAAGACGGCCGAGACAGACAAGAUGUAUAUCGAUGCAGAGCGCCGCUGGUUGAACCGAGAGAAGUCAAGGACAGCGGCCCUAGAGCGUGAGAAGGAACGCGACGCUGCGGACGAGGAGAACUUCGCCAAGAACCAACAAAAGAUGAUUGAGCAGCUCAAGGAGCUCAACGAAGACGACGAGAACACUACGAAGCACUGGGAAUACUUCCAAGACCGCAGCGCCUGGAUACGGAACCGCGCGGCGUUUCGGGCCCGAGAGGUGGCUGCCGACGAAGCUGACCGGAGGGCAGAGGAACAAGAAAAUGCCCGCGAGGAGGCUCAGCGUGAACAUGCUAGGGGCAUGGCAGACUCGUUCCUGGAGAGGCAAGCACAGGAAAUGGAGGAACGACGACCCGAAAGCGCGGCCGUGUCUGCUCCACAGCCGUUCAAGCUUUCGCUUGGCGCGGCGGCGCAAAAGGCCCAGUCUCAGCGCGCACCACGCAAGACCAUGGCCGAAGUUGAGGGUCUGCUUGAGGACGAGGAGGAAGACGCCACCAGCAAGAGGCAGCUCAUCCCCAUCAAGUUUGAGCCUAUGGCGGCGGCAGCGAUGACUGACGAAGAACGGGACCAAGCCGUACGGUCACUGGCACAGGAGAUUCCGAGUGAAACGGAAGGACUCUGGGGCUGGGACGUGCAGUGGGACUACUUGGACGAGAGCGUCAUCCGCGAGAAGCUGCGGCCGUUCAUUGAGAAGAAGCUCGUCGAGUACCUUGGUGUCCAGGAGGAGCUGCUCAUUGAGGUUGUUGAGGAGCAUCUGCGGAAGCACAGCAAGCCGAUGGAGCUUGUGGAAGAGCUGGCAGAGGCACUGGACGACGAAGCAGAACCUUUGGUCAAGAAGCUGUGGCGGAUGGUCAUCUUCUUCACCGAGAGCGAGAAACGCGGGCUCGCAUAG